AAAACCAGCAGGCAUUUACCUUGAUUCCAUAGACACUAUGACCCAACUCGAACAAAGCGACCCAACUCCAAAUUCCCAUUCCCAUUCCCAAUUCGAAACCACUCUCACCCUCGAACCCCCUCCUCCACCUUCCGACAUGAACCCGACCCAAGACCCGUUUCCGGUCCGAUCUCCCCGCAGCCGCACCGCCAUAACCUUCUCCCGCAAGAAGCGCAAGAAGACCAGCCGUAACACCAAGGCCGCCGAGAAGAAGCUCGACACUCUCCGCCAAACCCUAAACCCGAUCCCCUUCGUCCCCGCCAAAACCCUAGACUUCGCCGCCCACCAGGACCUCCUCCGCCGCCUCGGCCUCUGGGACUUCGUAAACAUCAAGUUCGACCGCACCGUCAGGGCCGAUCUCCUCGCGAAGCUCAUCGCCAACUACAACCCCCAGCUCCGGUGUAGCUACGUUGACGACAAGAGAGUCAACCUCAACCGGACCGAUCUGGGACGCGCGUUGACGCUUCCGGUGAUGCAGAAGACGAAGAAGAGCGUUGCCGCGGACGCCGGCGAGGAGGAGCAGCCGCCGGAGAAGGUGGAGGCGGUGGUGUUUGUGGAGGAUUUGGUGUCGAGCUGGAUGCUGUUGCAUGAGGAUAUGUGGAUGAUGCCGACGGAGGUGUUGAAUUACAUGACGGCGAUAAGGGGAGGGCAGUUUGGGAAGGUCGAUUGGGCGGGUUUGGUGUGGUAUAUGGUCAGUGAGGAGAUUGCGAGGUCGCCGAAGCUGGAGAAUUGCUACUAUGCUUCGCAUUUGCAGCAUUUGAUGAAGUCGCAGCGGGAGGAGUUGUUUUCGGUGAGGCAGGAGGAGAAGGUGGAGAUUGAUUUGAAGGAUGAUGAUGAGGAAGAGGAGGAGGAGGAGGAUGGCGGCAGCGGUGGGGAUGUGAAGAUGGAGGAUGUUCGGGGAGGUAGAUUGGAGGAGAUGGAUGUUAAGUUGUGUCUCGGGAACGAUAAUGUGGCUGGUGUUGAGCAAGAGAUUGUGGAGAGUGGUAAUGUUGGCGGAGAAGCUGCUGAGAAUGUUGAUGCUGGGGAAGAGAAGGGUGAGGAAGUUGAGGCUGCUGAGGGAGAGAAUGUGGAGAAAGUGGAGGCUGAUGAGGAAGAAUAUGCGGAGAUAGCUGAGGCUGCUGAGGGAGAGAAUGUGGAGAAAGUUGAGGCUGAUGAGGAAGAAUAUGCGGAGAAAGCUGAGGCUGCUGAGGAAGGAAAUGUUGGGAAAGUUGAGGGGGAAGCAGAAAAUGUGGAGAAAGGUGAUGCUGAGGAAGAAAAUUUAGAGAAAGUUAGUUGUGAAGCAGAGCGGGUUGAGGUUGUGGAUGAGGAUGAGGAUGAGGAUGUGAUGGAUUUUGAAGGAUCUAAGGAGGGAGAGCCUGCUGAGUGGGAAUUGGCCGGGAAGGGAAGUCUAGGAGAGCCUUGUUUGCAGCGGUGUAAUCUUGGUGGGGUUAAGGAUUUUGGUUGUGGGGAUGAGAGGAAUAAAGAUAUGGAGGUGGGAGAAGGAGUAGGUGAAGAAGACCAAGAGGAAGAUGAACUAGAAGACCAAGAGGAAGAGGAGGAUGAUGAUCAGGAGGGUGGUUUCCACCUUUUGCCUAAAGGUUUUUCGUUAGAGGGGUUUCCUUCAGGAAAUCUUACUCAGGGUAUGGAUGGUAUGCCAAUGCGUGAUCAUUUUGGGUUAGAAUUUCCUUCUCCAAGGGACCUAAUGCUUCCUGGAAGCUCUUCAGUUUAUGGUAAUGGUCCCAAGAGAGAGAUUAACCAUGAGAAUGAUGAUUCUCAUCAGGGUCUCAAUGGUAAUAAGAGGUUGAGGACUGAUGGAUCUUGGGAUGGUAAGGUGCCUGGUGACUUUGAGGCUAGUAUGGAUCAAAUACAGCAGUGGAUGGGGAGGAUGGGGGAUAUGCAGCAAUGGAUGGGAAAAGCUAGGAUGCUUUAUGCGGAAAAAGAAAAUGAGUGCCAACAAGCUUCAGUGAACCAGCAGUUCUUUAUGCAAGAGUUACAGAAAAGGGAUGAAUUGAUUGAGCAGUUGCAUAAGGCCAGGUUUGAAGACCAGCAAAAGCUUCAAACAGAGAAGUUUAGGUUUGAGCAUGAGAUACACUUGAUGAAUAAUCUCUUGGACGGCUAUAGGAAGGCUUUAAAGGCAACACAAAAUGCAUUUGCUGAAUAUAGAGCACGUUCUCCACAGGCUGUUGAGCCACUCUACAGGGAUGUUCCGGGAUCUGGGGGCCUUAUGUUAAGCACCACAGAACUGGAAAAGCUGCGCAUGAAGCAAGAGGAAGAAGAGAGAAUGACUAGAGUGGAGAUUGAAACGAUGAUACAGGAGUUUGAUGGUAGGUGGAGUCGCCACUAUGAAACACAUUACAAGCAAAUUGAAUUAACUAGUGGAAGGUUGCUGGAUGCCGAGAAGGAAGUGAAAUUUCUCAAGGAAGGGCUUUUGAAAAAGAGGGUUCCAGAAACACAAGAAUCUACUCCAAAUGAAUGUGAUCAAAGUGAAUCAUGAGAUGUGCGGUGGGGGAGCUGGGAGCAUGUGCAGAUCUGUAGAGCAUAGUUCAUGAAGAAUGGAUGUUUGGAAGGAAGUGUUGAUGUUUUGAAGCAUGUUGUUUCACUCUUAGAACUUGACUGGUAGUAUUAGAUGUCAAAUAGUAACCUGUUGCUUGUAGCUUUUGUUAAAUGAUGGCAUAGCUUGCAGAUUUUGUUAAAUUAUUAAGGCAUAGCUUGAAGCCGUCAUUUUGCAUAGACAUGUAAAUGCUCGUUUAAAUGCUGUAGUUUAUGUUCCACUACGGUGUUUUCUUGUAGCCAGUGACUUGAUCCUUAGUUAUUACAUCCUUCCCGGGCAUCC